UCUUGGUGAUCAUGUGAACAUCGGGAUUCAGUUUUGAUAGUGAAAACACAAGUGCCGUGCUUAUUUCAGGAAAAAGUUUUGACAUCAUUUUCUGAUCAGUAGACAUUGGUGUCAUUAGGGAGAAUUUGUCCUGCUGUGUUUGAAGAGUAUUAGCAGCACUAUCUGGAUUGCUUCAUACAUGCAGUGUACCUAUUCCCUGCACACACAUUGUGAUGUAUACUAACUAUGUGCACAUAUUGAGCUACAAUCUUUUGGGGUAAGGCAUAUUUCUCGGCUGAGUCAUAUACCCUACUCCCAGUUCCUUGUCGGUUUCUUGGAGAAAGGAGGAAUUCAUUACAGCAGUGCAGUGGUCACAUGCGUGUGAUGGAUGCUGUGGUGAGACUGAAUGGAAUUCUUGGGAUUGUAACUUUGGAGCACGGAGUGACGAACUAAUGACUGACGAUCCAGGAACUUCUAUCCACCUCAGGCCAAGAGGAGAAGUGUGGCCCUUCAUGUGAUGUCAUAGUCUAUGACCAGAGCACGCAGGACGGCAGCCGACUGUGCCCCGAAAGCUUUCUGGUGGUCCUCCUCAGCAAGUUGGCUGAGGCAUUCAAGACGGUCUCCAUGUUAUCAGGCGGCUUCACAGCCUUCAAGACAGCCUUCCCGUACCUGUGCGAGCCCCAGGGCCAAGCACAAUGCACGAUGCUGGGCCCGACCCUGUCACAGCCCUGUCUGCCGGUGGCGAAAGUGGGCCCCACCCGGGUCCUGAACUACCUCUACAUCGGCUCGCAGCAGGACGUCCUGGAUGAGGACAUCAUGCGAGCCAACGGCAUCAACUACGUGCUGAACGUCAGCAAGACCUGCCCGUCUCCCACGCACAUUGCGCCGGGGCACUUCCACCGUAUCCCCGUCAGGGACAACUAUGGCGAGAAGCUGCUGCCGUGGUUUGAAGACGCCAUGGAUUUUAUCGAAAAAGUGCGUUCAGCAAACGGUUGUGUCAUCGUGCACUGCUUGGCUGGUAUCUCGCGUUCACCAACAGUGGCUAUUGCCUACAUCAUGAAGCACAUGAACUUGACUGUCGACGAAGCAUAUAAAUAUGUGAAAGAGAAACGUCAGACUAUAUCCCCAAACUUCAACUUCCUGGGUCAACUCUUGGAGUUUGAGAAGCGCCUUCAUCUCGACCAUCCACCUAAGGGUAUGCCUGCUGAGCCGUCAACAACAGCCACAGCCUCAGCAGCAACCCCAACAAGGAGCCAGCCUACCUCAGUUUCCAGCAAUUCUAAAUCGGUGUCCUGCAAGAAUCAAUCCGAGGUGUUGUCCUCAUCAAGCCAGCCCAAUCCGACAGUCCGGGUCACCAAGCCCGGGGCUCCCUUUCCCGAGCCCAUCCUUCUGACGGAGGACACCCAAGCAGUUGCAGAGGAACCAUCCACCCCUACAAGUGCCGAACACAGAACUCACAAAAGAUCCAUCAGUGAGCAGAAGGAGGGAGAACUGCCCGCCCCGCCACCAGCUCGGAGUCCCAAUUUCAGAAUACGGACAAUACCAAGGCCGCGUGGGCUGGACGUCAAGGUGUCUAAAAUCGGGCCGAUCUUCCUGGGCUCCCCGCCCUCAUCUGAGUCUAAGAAGCCACGGUCAGGCAACAGCAGCCCCUGUGGUUUGCUGGAGCAGUUGGCUUGGGGCACCAGCCACUUGAGCGUCAACUCGCCUGAGGUUCGUCAGAAGAAUCCGUUCGUUGAGGCGUGCGCAAGACUUGCCGAGAAACGCCUUCAGGAAGAAGUGGAAUCCCGUGUUCGAGAUGAAGCCAAGGCAGUUCAACAAUCCAACAAUGCAGAAGUGACAAGCACCAUCACCAACACCCCUUCUAUUCCCCAAGAAAUGCCAAGCAAGCCCAAACCCCAAGAGCCAGUGGUCAUCCUAGAAACCAAAAAGCCUGAACCACAAACCGCAAAGACUGAACCACAGUUGCAAGUGACGUCAGCCACUGAACCUAGCACCAUUAGCAAUCCCAGCAUCACUGGGUCCCCUACCAUGUUGAUACUCCCGAAGAAGGAAGAUCCAAGAAAAUCUGUUGAGGUCAAGAGACGGGGCAUUCUGAAGAAUGACGGCAAAGGCAAGGUCAAGGGGAGGAGUAAGUCACCACGCACUGUCAGCCCACGUCCAAUGCAAAUGGCGGUCAAGCAGACUCUGACAGGAAAGUCACAGGUCACUGUCAAAUCUACCUGCAGGGAGGCUGCUCACGCCAAGGUGAAAAAGGCAACCUCUCCCAGCGAAACGUCUGUUGGUUUUCAGUUCGGCCGAACACGGGUCGGGAAGUUCAUGGAUGCUGUACUUCCGAACUCCGGGACCAAGUGCAAGACAAGUAAAGCCAAGAACAAAGAGUAUCCACAGCUCAUGGUGGCCAAACAGGUCCAUGUCCAAUUAGAGACACCCAGGCAUGCAUCUAUCGAGAGCAAAAGCCCUUCUCCAAAAGAUCCGCUGAAUCCAUUCUUUGCCCGUCAGAUCAGCUCGCAUUCACAGAACAGUGACACCAGUUCUGGAAUUUCGCCGUCCUGCGACAGCGAGCCCGGAUCGAUUGGUCUCAAUAGCCCUUCUAGCUCAGGAAUCUCCCCGGAUUAUACCGGCCCAUCACCAAAUCUGUUUGACAGCUUAGGGAAUUUGGUGCGUUCGCCUUUACUAACUGAGGUCAAAUCCUGUCCGACUUUUUCUACAAUAUCAGAAACGGAGGUUGGUUCCCACGCGCCAGUCCAGCGAUCGCACACUGUUACUCCUGCAACGGAAGAAUGCAAGACCAACGUAUGGCAAAAGCGCAAAGAAUGCGGCAACAGUUUUGAGGAGCCUGCAUUUAGACCCGACCCGUCACCCUUGGACAGACUGGGUGGAUAUGCACCGAAACGUGGCCAGGUGGUCGCAGAUCACACCGACUGCGAGCGGAGCGACACGCGCUGCAGCAGCCGCAGAACGCCGAUGGUGGUGGCAGGUCGCAGCGCGUCGUGCGAAGAAAUCAGCUCCUGCGCCAGGGAGGCAGUGUCUGAGAUAGUGGUCCGACCGAGACGAGAGAUUAUCGAUCUGAGUAGCUACGGCGCCGGUAUGGAUGGCGAAGAAGACGACUACGACAGUCGCUCGCUGAGUAGUCAACGCUCGCUUAGCAGCAGUUGUGAGAUGAUUGAAGUUUCAUGAUAAGUUGGAAUUCAAGAAGUGGCAAAAAAAAGGGUAUGCGUACAAUACUGAAAUAGCCAUUAUCUGUUCAUUGAAGUAAUCUGUCACAAUAAUUCACCGCAAACAAGCAUCAUGCUCUGAUAUUUAGAUGCAAAAAAAGGUGACAUUGUAUCCAGAAGAACAUCAGAUUUCCAUUGAUAAUCCUAUAUGAUCUUGGACCAUUGGCAGCACAGUUUGCAUUAUCCAGAAAAAUGAUUUUUUUUGUUGUUGUAAGUUACACGUAAGUUUAGAUUUGUGUUUAUUCAUCAACUCAUCGAUGUGCAAAUGUAACUUUGUAGUUUUCUAGGAAGUAAGAGGCGAUGCGAGUGUGGUAGUCGAAAGUGAUGCAUCUAUUAGUUCCGAUUCAGUACACUAUUUUGUGCUUUCUGUUUGACAGAAAAUAAUAAGUAUUUUUCUGUAUUUAUGUAUAUUUUACCAAAUCAAAUUAUUUGUAUAUAAUGACAAGCCAGGUGGCGCUUUACAAAUAAAUAUGUCUUGUAUAUUAUAAUUACUAUUACUAUCAUGAAUUCUUACGGUUGCAACAAAAAAAAAGUGAGCUUUUUUAAACUCUUCUCUGCUGACAAUGACAUUUGAAGUUGGGGAUGGAACAAAUAUUCAGACUUCUCAUUAUUAAACAACAAUGCAAACAAGAAGUAAAAAGUGGACCGAUUUGUUGUUUCUGAGAUUCCAGCUAUUUUGUUGUUUUGUAGUUCAUUGGUGAGGGAUGGUCUUUGACAAAAAUAUUUAAGAAAAAUAAAAAGACAAAAAAAUUUCAUUCUAUUUAUUUAUUGUCAUAUCACCUCUGCACUGUUAAUGGAAUAUUCCACAUUCUUGAUUAAAACAAGGAGGGACCACUUUCUGAGGGGUGAACGUGUAGAGGCACAUAAACAGUACAAUUUAAAUGAAAAUAUGAUUCCAGCCUCUGUGCCACCCCUGAAAGAAUGGAAUUGCCCUCAUUGUUUAUAACGAAAUGGAACAAACCAUUAUGUCAUGCAGGGGAGGAUAUUUUUUACAAAAUUGGAACUUGUAUUUCAUCAAUUACUACUUUAUAUCAAAAUUUUAUAUAAAAAAAAACAAACAAUGGAUGUCUAAAAAUUAAAAAAAAAAAUGCGAAGUAUUCUAUUUCAUUUUCUUGAAUACUUUGUCUUGCUCCUGAGUUAAAAUAAUAUUUUUUUUGUGACUUUUGUGUGAAGUGGAUUUGAAAUAUUAAAAAUGUGAACGAGUCCUAUAGAAAGUAAUCUGAACUACCUCCAGAUGUUGUAGAUGAACACAGAUAUAUAAUGUUUUUUAUCAUAACAAAAGUGUCUUGUAGUAGCAGACAAAACUGGUAAGAUUUUGUAGAAGGUGCUGUGUGAAAACUUUUUCUAACUACAAAUACACGUAGUGAUGAUUUACUAGUAAAUUGAAUUUCCUCUAUUUUUUGAUGUUCCCUGUAUUUCAACACUUGUCACAAACCUGUCGCUUAGAAGAAGAAGAAAAAUUUGUGUCCAAACAAUCUCAAUGUAGUGUUUACAUUUGGUGUAUAACUAAACCAUAGAAAAAAAAUAAAAAGUGUCACAGAACUUGUGUUUAGUGUUUGCAAUGUA